UGACCGAGCUGUUUCAACCGCUCUCUUCACCUGGCGGCCUGCUUGACCCCUCUCACGAAGCUAUUAGUCCACCCGAGAGGUAGUAGACGCGAUGCGUUCCAAUCUGUUUACAAAUCUCAUAACCCUCGUCCCGAUGCUGGGUAGCCUGGCGUUGGGAUACAAGGUUCAGACUCCUCCUUUGGAUACCGAUUGGACCUAUUCCGUGGGAACUGAUCCAUGGCCUGAGUAUCCGCGUCCUCAGCUCCAGCGGUCUGACUGGAAGAGCUUGAACGGUAUUUGGAAAUGGAAGCAGGGAGGUUACCGAGGCGAAGCUAUACCGUCUGCCGAUAGCUUCCAGAAGGAUAUCCUCGUGCCGUCGUGUAUCGAGAGUGCCCUCUCGGGCGUGAUGGAACAGAACCACACGUAUUCCUGGUAUUCGACCGAGUUCAAUGUUCCUCCCGGAUUCGCCAACAAGGGCCGUCGAGUCUUGCUGAAUUUUGAAGCUGUGGACCACGAGGCGACUGUUUAUGUCAACGGUCAAAGCGUCGGCACUCACAGGGGCGGCUACUGGCAUUUCAACUUUGACAUCACCAAGUAUCUUACUCCUCACGGUAAAAACACCUUGCACGUUUUUGUAUUCGACCCUACGGAUCAAGAAGGUUUCAUGAAUCCCGUGGGAAAGCAAACUCGCACCCCUUCGCACAUUUUCUAUACGCCUUGCACAGGUAUAUGGCAAUCUGUGUGGUUCGAGUCUGUUCCGGAAACAUACAUUAACCAGCUAGACAUCAUUGCUGACAUGUCCGGACAAGUUAAUGUGACCGUUGGAACCGGUUCCCCCAGCUCUGAUAAAGUUACCAUCUCUGUCAUAGACACCAAAGGCAAGGUAGUGGGAUCGGGGCAUGGUGUUGCCAACAAGCCCUUCGACUUUGUCGUGGAUUCUCCCAGCUUAUGGUGUCCGGAUUCGCCCACUCUUUACAACGUCACCGUGAAGCUUGGACGGGAUACCGUACACUCCUACACAGGUUUCCGAACUCUCUCUAUCGGCGAGAUUGACGGAGUUAAGCGACCGCUACUCAACGGCGAAUUUAUCUUCCAGUUCGGCACCCUCGAUCAAGGUUUCUGGCCCGAUGGAAUUUACACGCCGCCUAACAGAGAAGCAAUGGUCUACGACCUACAAGUCCUGAAAGAUUUAGGUCUUAACAUGUUACGAAAGCACAUUAAAGUAGAGAAUGCUCUCUUUUACCGGGCCUGCGACGAACUUGGAUUGUUGCUUAUCCAGGACAUGCCGUCGAUGCCUCUUCGAAGACCGAACGCGGAGCAGCAGGCCGACUGGGAGCGCCAACUCGAUAUUCUCAUCCAGCAGCACAAGAAUUACCCCAGUAUCUACACCUGGGUUAUCUACAACGAGGGAUGGGGCCAGAUUUCGGACACGUACUACCCGGAAUUUAAUCUCACCCAGCGCAUCAAGAGCCUCGACCCUACCAGGUUCGUCGACGCUACGACUGGAUGGAACGAUCACGGCGCCGGAGAUUGGCAUGACAACCACCACUACGCCAACCCGCAAUGUGGUACGCCUUUCUACUCCAUCGCGUCCACUCCUUACGAUAAGCAGCGCAUCGCCAUCCAAGGAGAGUUUGGAGGAAUCGGUCACAACGUCUCUGGGGAACACCUGUGGAAGGUUGAAGAAGCUGUUAACACUAUCAACCAAACGUACGAGCUCGACGCGGAUCUUGAAGCGUAUAACUACCGCGGCCACCUUCUACUUAGCGAGCUACGCGACCAGGUUGAGAAAUAUGCGUGCUCGGCCGCCGUUUGGACCCAAACCACCGAUGUCGAAGGAGAAGUCAACGGCUUCCUCACCUACGACCGCCGCUUCCUGCGUCCCGACAAGAAACAGUGGCAGGACGAUAUCCAGGCUCUGUACGACGCGGCGGAGGCCCGAGGAGGCAAGAAGGCGAAGAGGAUGACUUAAUUGGCAUAGGUAUGCCACCUUACAUUUAAUCUUCAUAUAUAGCUGGUGCAGACAUAUUUCGUUGUAGACGAGUUCAUGGUUAGAUGAAUACGUUUAAUAUAAUCUUUGAUAUCCUGAAUUUAGAGGUUGUUUGAACAAUACUAUAUAUUCGCAUAAUUUCGAGCGCGGCUGUUUUUGAGGGGGAUUCUCCUACUCUCCUGAUCUCCUUUAGAAAGGAGAACGUUUGUAUGCGAAAAAGGGGUAAUAAUCAAAAUAUCACCCUACUAUGUAAAC